CUUGCUCGGAGACACCAGAAUGGACUCUCCAGAUUAUGGAGUUGCAGCAAUGAGGAGAGGAAGCUAUGAUGAUUCUGCAGCUUCUCUACGUCCUCACCUCAGACACUUGGCUCAGAGACGACUUUCGGCCCCCUCACUGGUCUUUGGGAAGGCGUUAGGGAUGCCUUGGUCUCCUAUCAGAGAGGAGUCUUCCUGUUGGGUCUCAGUGGAUCAGAGUCCAUUCGUCCUCGGCCUCACAAGUGAGAACGGAGAGCUGCUGCUGGAUGAGUGUGUUCAGGUCACGGAGGGAUCGAAGACUAAGGAGAGACACCUGUUCCUCUUCAGCGAUGUCAUUGUCUUUGCUAAACUCAAGUCGACUUCCAGCUACCGCCUUAAGCACAGAGUGAGCCUCGAGGACGUUUGGCUUUGUGGGUUUGAAGAUGAAGCGGAGGAAGAGGAGGGAACGACGGGGGAUAUUGACCUCGGAGUGACACUCCUCUUGGCCUGGGAUCUCACUGUUUGUCUGGUGUGUUUUUGCUCGCCUGAGGUUAAAGAACGCUGGUUAGAUAUUCUUCACAGAAAAAUUAAAGACGCAAAAGCAAGAGCUGGUUGUGCUUCUUCCACUCCAGACGUCCUCAUGAAGGUUUUGAGUGGCAGCAUCACAACUAAAACUCUAACAGGAGGUGGCAUGGAACAAUUCAUUGAGUUUCCACUUGAUGGUGAUGCAAAGAUCUGCAGCGGGUCAAAGCAGUUGAACAACAAGGAGGACAAGCAUCCCAAUGAAACCAAGUGGAGCCUGGUGAAAAGGCUCAGAAAAGGCUCUAGUUUCAUCAUCAAAGCCUCCCGAUCAGAUACUGAUACCAAGACUCAGCUGUUUGGACAGCCCCUCUGUAAAAUAUGCCCAGAUGAAUGCUCACUUCCCAAACCAGUCACAGAGUUGCUGGUGUUGCUGAGGAAGAGAGGCCCAUCCACAGAGGGAGUGUUUCGGAAACCCUGCAAUAACAGGAACAUGCGGGACAUCAGAGAGCAGCUGAACAGCGGCCAGGAGGUGGACAUGGAGGUCCAGCCGGUCGUUCUGCUUGUCGGGCUGCUAAAAAGUUUUCUAAAGGAACUUCCUGGCAGCCUGCUGGUGUCUGAACUUUAUGACAAGUGGAUGGCGGCUCUGGACAAUGAAGACACCCAACAGAGAGCUCUGGAAAUCAAGAAGGUGGUAGACGACCUCCCGGGACUCAACAAAUUCCUCCUGCAGCAUCUAGUUUGCAUCCUCCAUCACAUCCUCAAAAACGCAUACAACAACAAGAUGGACGCCUACAACCUGGCGGUGUGUAUCGCCCCCACACUGCUGCAGCUGGACUGCACCCCGCUAGAUGAGCAGAAGGAAAAGAUGAAGAAGGUCACAGAGCUAACUCAGUUCCUGAUUGAGCAUUGUGAGAUACUUGGAGACAAUAUCCCAAAUCUGCUGGAUACUGAUGAAGACAAACUUUCCUCCCAUCAUCAUGACUCUGCGUAUGACAGCACCGACCCAGAUGGAGAUGGAGACGCAGGAGAGAGUACCAGCUCCACACAUGGAGAGAGUGGAUCAUCGUCCUCUCUCAGUCCCAGCUUCACCACCUCCUCUUGGCCAGCUGAUGCCAUCUUUAACACAAUGCCAGAAUUCAACCGUCGCUGCUCCGAGCCCAUCAUCCUCCUCUCAGCUGACCUCGAGAGCCUGGGCAGUCACUCCAGAAGCCACGACGACUGCUCGGUGGAAAGGAGGGACUUUCAGGAGCAGCCUCUGAAAAAGCAGAUCUCAGACGACUCCUUCUUGCUCAGAGCACGUGUUGGAGCAAGCCAAGUGGGGUAUUUUCCAAGACUGAGUAGCAACUCUAACAUGGAUUCUCUGCCCUUUGUGGCAAGUAACUGCUCGUGCUCUUCCCUUGAAAGUGCUGCCUCAAAUCAAUCUGAAGGCUCUGUUUUCGCCAGUUCCCCUGUGGGGUCACCAGUCUGCCCUCGGAAAGCAAACACCUCCAGCCAGCCUUCAAUGGCUGCAAAGGCUCAGCAGGACAUUGUGAGGCCGAAUCCAGAGGAGAGGAGGCGUUCACAGUCCAUGAGAGUUGCCACUAAAGUCCUAUUAAGGACCAGGAGCUUAGGGGCCUUCAGCAGAAACAGCUUGAAGAAAGACUCUCAGAAGGAAAACUCCUUCCCUUGUGAAACUCUCCAGGAGGACUCUCAGAGUGAAGCAGAUCCACCAGCUGAGUUUCUGGGUAAACCACGGCCUCUGUCGUCCAUCGAGGUGUUUAAGCAGGUGGACAGCAAGCUGCCCUGCAGGCCUCCGUCAUACAAGCAGGCAGUGCAGAACACGAGUCCUCCCCCGCAGUAUGGAUCAAUGACUGUACACGAUGCCAUACAGCUGGGGAGAAGGUCACGUCCAUCCUCCGUAAAUUAUGAAUUCCCACCAACCUGUUCAGUCAAUCAGUACAAAGAUUGUUUUGCUCAAGCAGCACAGGACAAAGCCAUCGUUGGAGAGCAGCGGCAGCCUUUCCGCCAGAGAGCUAUGUCCGAGUCUGUGUCGAGGAGAUGUAGCCAGCCUGUGUUUGAGGAAUUUUCUUAUGCCAAGGAGUCUUAUGUUUGAUUGACUUUGGAACUAUUUUACAAUAUCAGAUUUUAAAUAUACAAACAUUUUUUUGGAGUCAAAUAUCGUGGGCAAAGCCUAAGAACCAGUUCUUAAACUGCCAGUUGUAAACCAGACAAGCUUCUUUUAUUUUCAUUCAUUCAGAGACACGGCAUUCAUAUGUUUCCUUUUAAUCGCAAGGCUUCAUAAUAGCAGCAACUCUUCUCCUUCCUCUUUGAAACGGUGUUUUUGAAGCUGUGCCCACUGAGCAGCUCUGUGUAACAGAAAUGCUUGUAAAUGUACUUGAAAUCCAAUCUGUUAUUAUUUUACUGUUUCACUUUGAAUGAAUGUCAGCUCUGUGACGCCUCCACGGUUGCACUUACUAAGUAGUACUAUUUAGAGUACAACAUUUAAAAGAUAUUGUUAUCCGGAUAAGAUAUCUAUCACAAUGAAGCUAUGAAAACACAGUUCACUGUGGAUAAAAUAUGCUAUGAGUUUUGUUUUUCUAUGUUUUCUUUGAAGUUGUUGUUAUGGUAUGUGAUAUGUUGUGUUUUUUUUUGCUCUUUGUAAAUCCUCUUCACUUUGCAUGUUCUUUUUCCUCCACUACAUUAAAGCACUUUUCUUGUGAUAGACUAUGCUUUGUAAAUAAAAUAAGAUGAAUAUAGAUGUGUAAUCUUU